CGUAUAUCUGCUUCUGCUUGCCAGCUCGCCAAUUGCAAUUUGUUAAUUCGCUUCGAGGAAGCUGCCCAAUUCUAUUUGCUUACCCAAUAUGAUUUCUUUCUUUGUUUUGCCUCCGUCUGUCUGUUUCUGCAUGGACGGACGAAGUAAAUAAUGGGCAAAAACUACCGAGAAGGAAUACAUGAAAAAUAUUAGCAUGUAGCAAACCUUGAGAAGCAAAUAAAGUAAUUUUUAACAUUAAUAUCAAUUAUUAUAAGGUUACGAAGUAGUAUUCCGUAUUGUACAAAACUCCCCGUGGUACUACAAAACGGGAACAAAUCAAGUCAUAAACUUUGUGGUGUGUAUACUCAAUCAGAAUCCGUCAUAUUAGUAUUUUUCUGUCACUUAUGAAGAGUUUUUUUUUUCUCUUUUAAUUUUUGAAGGAUGAUUUCUUUCCCAUUUUACGUUGGAAUUUUAAUUUUUUGGAGAGAUAAAUCAAAUUAAUUGUGCUCUUUAAAAUGAUACCCAAUGACAUUUUUUACUAGUCUAUACCAUAUGGUAUUGAUUGGUAUUAAAUAAGAGCAUAUCAUAUGAUAUGAAAGCGUACCAUGAUAGUAUGAGCAUACCAGACUGUAGGAUGACUGAAUACAUUAUAGUAGAAAUAUACUAACUAUUAUUUACGACUUUCAACAUUUUGUACCAUAAGAUACCACACACAUACCAGGGUGCUAUAAGGUGGUAUUUUUUUUUUGUCUUAUAUUUUUUUCACCCAGAAAUUUGUAGAUUCAAUAGAUCAUGAUGAAGUCGUUCUUUUUGUGAAAAUAUUUUUAAAAAACGACUUAGAAACGAAGGAGAUACCAUAUCAUAUGGAGUUGGUAACGAGUGGUAUAAAAAAAUUUUCUCAAAAAAUAUUGAAAAUGGAUCUCAUUUUGUAGAGCACAACGAACUCGUUUCAGUGCAAAAUAAUUGAAAUUCAAAUUAGAACAAAGAAGAUAAGAUCCGAUUACGAAAAAUAGGGAAAAUAAAAUGUUUUUAGUUCCCAAUCCUUAUAUCUAUAGCCCACUUAAAAGGAAGGGUCCCAAUUUGGUUGCUCAUAUUAAGCACCCUAAAAACGGCUGCAAAUGAGUCGAGCGGCUCGACAUUUCUACUCGAAAAAAAUUCAUUCGAAACUUCACUCGUUUACUAACGAGCCGAGCUUGAGUUAAGCCUUAUGCAACUCGCGUCCCACUAGAAAUUCUAAGGCAUCUAGGCAUCGAUGUAUCAGUCGUCCCUCAUCAAGGUCUUUAUCACAUCUUCGUGUCAGUACCUGUGUCUAAGUCUUCUUUACUUUCCCAUUGCCCUUUGUGCAUGUCUAAUAAGUAAUAAGAGUCGUAAACUUCCUUUUGGUGACUCUAGUUUAAAAAGUAGUCUUCCGUUUGGUUUAUUCUAUUAGGAUGUAUGGAGCCCUGCUUCUAUACCUUCUGUUGAUGGAUAUUUAUAUUACCUUUGUUCUCAUGAGCACUUCACUUGCUACACCUAGAUUUUCACACUUCAUUUGAAGUCUGAUGUCUUGUAUGUUUUUAUUGCUUAUCAUCUCACAACUAUCAUAUCAUAAUCUUACUCUAUGGUAAAGAAAGUCCUGGCUUUGUUUCCUGAAAGGGGUUUUGGUUUUGAAUUUUGGGUGUGACUGUGCUCGAAGAUGGGCUUGAUGUAACUUCAUUCUUCUUAUUAAUGAAAGUGAAUCUCUGCCAUGGAAUAUAGUUGAAAAUUUGUCUAUGAAAGAGAUGCAAUGGAGGAUGCUCCCUAUGGGUAAACAAGUCUAACGCAUAGGUUUGCAAAGGGCUGAGAAUAGGUGACUAGGGGUCUCUUAGUCACAUGAAUAAGUGAAUCUCAGCCACUCAAUCUCAUUCAAAUCUAAGGGUUCCAAUUAAUCAGAGAGAGAGAGAGAGAGAGUUCCGGUGGCUUUUCCAGCGACGGCGGAGGAGUCAGACGACUAGACACGGCAGAGAAGAAUUUUUCGACGACAGUGCUGGAUUCGUGAUAUUUUCGACCUAUUUUGUAAAGUUUAUCAGUCCAGUUUGUAAUGUUUAUAUCAAUUCGGUUUAAAUCGUUUAUCAUACUAGUUUGUUAUUUUUUUUAUCUAUUAUGUUUGUAAUGUUUAUAUGACUAUUUUGUACAUAUUGUAAACUGUAAUGUUUGUUUGUCUAUUUUGUAUACUUUUAUGCUAUGAUUUGUAUACUUUGUAUUUUUGUACGGUUAGUAUGCUUUGUACUGUUUGUCAGUUUCUUUUGUAAUGUUUGUAAGCUUUGUUAUUUUUGUCAAUCAUGUUUGUAAUGUUUUUUAUGUCUAAAAAACAACCUGAUUGACUUUUGGAUGAAACUCAUCUAUAUAGGGAUGGAGACUCCAAAGUCAACCCGGUUGUUUUUUUUUCAUUUUGUAUGGUUUGUAAUGUUUGUCAGUCUAGUUUGUAUUGUUUGUAUAGUUAUACGUUUUGUAUUGUUUGUAAAUAUGUUUGUAUGUUUUGUCGCUCUAGUUUGUAUUGUUCGUAUGUUUGUAUGGUUUGUACUGUUUGUAAGUCCAGUUUGUAUACUUCGUAAUUUUCCAUUAUACCCAAACUACCCCUGUAAUUAAUUAAAAAGUCAUUCCCACUUUUAACCGUCCGAUUGGUGUGUUCAUAUCUAAGUGCUGGGAGGGGUUUAGUCAACUGACUAAGCACCCCCUUCUAUUCAUAGGAUUCGGCCUCGUUUGCGAGGAGAGUAAUGCAUAGCAUAAGUAUUUUAUGUGUUCAUUGCUUUUAAUAAUAUUAAAUUAGUUUGUUUCUAAACUAUCAAAUAUGUUGGUAUGAUAUUAUUUGUGCCAAUUGCGUGUCACGUAUUUUGUAUGAUAUUAUGUGACAUGUAUUUGCAAGCACAUUAUUUUUGGUAUUGCAUUUUUUCCUUUUUUUGAAAAUUGAGCUAUGCAAAAGUACUAUUUGCACAGAGCAUUUGUGCAAGGAUUGUGUUUGCAAAUUGUAAUCGCAUUCAUUCAGCUAUGCAAAGAAGUUGUAACAUUUGUUUAUGUGCAUGCAAUUACAAAUUUCACUGUUUAAAAAUUACAAGUAACCAAACAGACACUGCACUUGUUUUCUCUAUUAUAUUGCUAUACCAUAUUACCAUGUCAAUUGAGAAUAAUAAAAAGCAUGAUAGAGUGGGGAAAAAAGAAAUAAAUAGGAAAUUUGUUGAGACUUGAAAUGUCAAUACUGAUGAUUAACAUGGGGAACUGUUUUCAGCGUGAUCCUUCAAAAUAAAUGCCCAAACCCCAAACGCAACUACUACGAACGAGGACGACUCUACCCACCCACCCAGCCAAUAGUCACUCAAGUACAAGGAAAGGAAAGGAAAUAAUAGAAGGUCAAUUCAAUUCAUAGAAAAGCCCACCAGAAACGCUUCUCUGUUUCAUUUCCGUAUCUUCUCUCUCUCUCUCUCUCUCUCUCUCUCUCUCUGAUCAUCAUAAUCCAAACGCUUCCUUUUUCUAAUCUCUCCUUCUUAUUCGUUACAUUCCUUUUAAAGAUGGAAUUUCUGCCCUCCCAUACCAAAUUCCCUUCCCUUUCCUUUUCUCCUUUCUUUCUCCCACCACAAUCUCCGCCGAUUCCCUCUGCAAAAAAUCCUCCAUUGAUCUCUCCCGCCGUUAAACCCUAACAGCGCCCACCCCCCUCCUCUCUCAGAAAACCCAAACAAAAUUCACCCACUCCUCUGUUCUCGCCCUACCCUCCAAGGCAGAAAGAGAAGAAGCCAGAGAUGAGAAAGCCCCGCCGUCCGGGGAUCCGUAGUUCCUCCACUCUUGUCGUUCCCGUUCUCUUCUUUCUGCUCCGUUUGGCCAGCUCCCAGAGCCCCGAUGCCGACGCCAUGAUGAAGCUCAAGGACAGUCUCAAGGCGGGCAGCAGCCUUGGGUGGUCCGGCCAAAACCCCUGUACCUGGAGCGGAGUCGUCUGCCAGCCUUCCGGCAAUCGGGUGACUCGCAUCAAAAUCAGCGGCAAAGGCGUACAAGGGUUCCUUCCGCCGGAGCUCUCGACUCUGACUGCGCUAACCUCAUUGGAGGUGGACUACAACCAGCUAACGGGUGCGGUGCCCGAUCUCUCCGGGCUGAACUCCAUCCAGUAUCUCAAUCUCAUGCACAACGGUUUCGAAUCCAUCCCUCCGGCUUUCUUCUCCGGCCUCACCAGUUUAUCCGCCGUGUACCUCGACAACAACCCGCUCUCCAGAUGGUCGAUCCCGCCCACCCUCAAGGAUUCCGCCGGGCUCAAGAAUUUCUCGGCCAACAACGCCAGCCUCCAAGGUGCGGUCCCUGAUUUCCUCUUCAGUGGCGAUUCCUUCCCCGGACUCAACCAUUUGCAUUUGGCAUACAAUUAUUUACAAGGGCCGCUGCCUGCGGCUUCUUCCGGUUCGAAUCUCGUCACUCUCUGGCUCAACAGCCAAUUGAGCGAUUCUAAGCUCAACGGCACCAUUACCGUCUUGCAGAACAUGUCGUCUUUGACCCAGGUCUGGCUGCAGAGCAAUGGCUUUACGGGUCCCAUACCGGAAUUUCCAGAUGGUUCGUCGCUGCUGCAGGAUUUAAACUUGAGAGAUAAUCGGAUGACUGGUAUUGUUCCAUUGUCUCUAGCCAAGCUUCCCCUAAGAAACUUGACCCUGACAAAUAAUCUCCUUCAAGGGCCCACCCCGGAAUUCCCCAGCUCAAUUGGGCUGGAUAUGGAACCUGAAACGAAUCGGUUUUGUUUGCCUAAACCUGGUGAUGCUUGUGAUGCUCGGAUUAAUAACCUGUUGUCCGCUGUAGAAGCGUUUGGGUACCCCACUGUUUUUGCUGAUAGCUGGAAGGGGAAUGAUCCUUGCAACACUUGGUUGGGAAUUCAGUGUUCUCCAUCAGGAGGGAACAUCACAACAAUCAACUUCGAUAACAAGGGGCUCACCGGUUCAAUCUCUCCUGAUUUUGCCUCCAUUACUUCAUUGCAGAACUUGAUUUUGUCGAACAAUGAUCUUUCUGGUACAAUCCCGGGCGAUCUAGCUAAGUUGCUCAAUCUUAAAGUGUUGGAUGUCAGCCAUAACAAUCUCCAUGGGAAAGUUCCUAGCUUUAAUGGUGGUGUAAGCGUCAGAUAUGACGGGAACCCUGAUAUCGGUAAGGACAUUGGUACACCUCCUGGCAAGACUCCAGGUGGUAGAGGAGGCGAUGGUUCCUCGGAUGAUGGAAGUGGUGGUAAGAAUUCCAGUACUGGGAAGAUUGUAGGUUCUGUCGUUGGAGUUGUUAGUUUGUUGGGUCUAGGUGGGUUGGGUUUCUUUCUCUACUGUAUGAAAAGGAAGAGAUAUAGCAAGGUACAGAGUCCAAAUACAGUGGUGAUUCAUCCUCGUCAUUCGGGAGACCAUGAUGCUGUGAAGAUAACUGUUGCUGGGUCGAGGUCUAAUGCUUUAUCUGAGAGCAACACGGUUACCAGCAAUGGCUCUUCAGAAAUCCAUGUUGUUGAAGCAGGGAGCUUGGUGAUCUCCAUUCAAGUCUUGAGAGAGGUGACUAAUAACUUCAGUCAAGACAACAUACUUGGAAGUGGUGGGUUCGGGACGGUUUACAAGGGCGAAUUGCCCGAUGGAACAAAAAUUGCGGUGAAACGGAUGGAAUCUGCAGCAGUAGGGAGUGAUAAGGGUCUGACAGAGUUCACCUCUGAGAUUGCAGUGCUUACUAAGGUUCGGCACCGCCAUCUGGUUUCGCUUCUCGGAUAUUGCUUGGAAGGCAAUGAGAAGAUUCUUGUCUAUGAAUACAUGCCUCAGGGGACGCUUAGUAGGUUUCUGUUUAACUGGAAGGAAGAAGGAUUGCAGCCAUUGGAAUGGACAAGAAGACUUACAAUUGCAUUGGAUGUUGCUAGAGCUGUUGAGUAUCUUCAUGGUCUAGCCCACCAAAGCUUUAUUCACAGGGAUCUCAAGCCCUCGAACAUUCUUCUAGGAGAUGACUUGCGCGCUAAAGUAGCUGAUUUUGGGUUGGUCCGUCUUGCCCCUGAUGGAAAAAACUCGUUCUCAACCAGACUUGCUGGAACUUUUGGGUACAUGGCUCCAGAAUAUGCAGUGACCGGACGGGUGACGAUCAAGGUUGAUGUCUUCAGCUUUGGGGUGAUACUAAUGGAACUUAUCACAGGAAGGAGAGCUCUUGAUGGAACCGAGCCAGAGGAGAGGUCGCAUCUAGCAACGUGGUUCCGAAGGAUGCACAUCGACAAGAAGGCGUUCCCUCAGGUGAUUGACACGUCGAUUGAGCUCAACGAUGAUACACUUGGCAGCAUUAAUACGGUUGCUGACUUAGCGGGUCAUUGCACUGCAAGGGAGCCAUACCAGAGACCUGAUAUGAGCCAUGUCGUUAACACCCUUAGCUCCCUUGCGGAGCUCUGGAAACCGGUGGACAACCGUUCUGGCCAAGAAGAUGCAUAUGAGACGAUUGAUUGUGACAUGACAUUGCCUCAGGCGCUGAAGAAGUGGCAGGAAGGCGACCAGCCCAGCAUCUCCACUUUAAGGUAUGGCAGCUGUGGCAGCCUAGACAAUACGCAGACUAGCGUUACUACUCGACCUUCCGGGUUCGCAGAUUCUUUCACAUCCGCAGAUGCUCGGUAGAUGGAGAGUGGAGAUGAGUUUCGGGCAAAGGCAUUCUGUUGGUGAAUCUGGGUGUUAGUGUUCAUUCCUUGCGUUCUGUUCUAUCUGCUGUUUUUUUUUUUAUUUAGUCAUCAAACAUUUGGUCGUGCUCUACCAUAUCCAUAGAUUAGUGAUUUCUUUUAAUUUUUAUUUUUGCCUGAAGAAAGACCAUGGAGUUUCAAUUUCUAAUACUGUCUUUAUUUUAGAAUUGUGACAAUUAUAUUAAAAAGUGAGUGGUGCGAUAUUUUCUUUUACUUUUGAACAAAAAAAGAGGAUAUUUUGUACAAAAGUCGUGGUUCAACCGUUCUUUACAAUGUUGUUAGGAUAAUUACUGGGAAAAAAAUGUUGUUAGAAUCAAACCGAUGUAUUAAUCGGUAUCAUGAAAGGCUAACAUUUUAGUGGUCUAAUUGGUGUUGAAGAGUUAUAAAAAACAUUAAUGAACCAGUACCUAGUUAACAAUAAUAUUAUGAGUACUACAUAAUAUACAUUUAAAAAACAAAUAGAUACAUAUAUUGUAAUGAAUGAAAAAUUUAAUGAUUGACUUGUUUUUUAAUAUACAUUUAAAAAAUAUAUACAUAUUAAUAUAAUGUAAUGAAUGAAAAAUUUAAUGAUACUUGUUUUCUAAUUAUAAGUACUAUAAAGUAAAUUACCUUAACCCAACCUUCCAAUACCCCUAUUAAUUAUGAUAUUAAAUUCGUGUUCCAUUAAAUAAUCUUUGGGAAUUAAAAAUUCAUAUUAAUUACAUUCUUUUUCUUGAACUACCAUAUUACUAAUACAACCAUCAUUGCACCUGUACACUGAACUCAUAUUAAUUAACAUUUCUUUUUUUGAACUACCAUUGCACUGAUAGAACCAUAGUUAGUAAAAUACGAUACGGAAAAGUUACGUAUAAAAUACGUACGGGUAUUUUACUGUGUCUUUAAGCUAAUGUUUCGUUUAAUAGUAUGUUAAUAGUCAUAAAUACAUAUAAUUAAUUAUUUUUAUAAAUAAAUAAAUAUAUAUAUAUAUAAUAAAAUUAAUAAUUUAAUUCAUUAAAUACGGAUAUUAAACGUGUUUUACGGAUUUUAUACGUAUUUAUUACGGGAGUCAUCAAAUGAACGUAAGAAAAUAAAACGACUUGACAAUAAUAUGAAUACGGAAGUUUUAAACGGAUAAAGUACGUAUGGGUACAUAUACAUGUAUUAAACGGAGUAUUUACUAACUAUAGAUAGAACUACCAUCGCCCCUGUACAUUGAUAUAAUUGUACAAUAAUAACGUAUCAGGUCAGCAUUGAUGAAAUGAAAAAAGAGAAGAUCACGAACUUGUUUGAAAAGUUUGAGCAGCUUUCAAUUUGUCAUGUGGCCGGAGCAGAUGCAACCAGAAAACGGAGACUUUAUAAUAUCUUCUUAUCUACAUGCUAUUUCUGAAGCUUUCCAAGAGAAUGUAAUUCGAUAUGGUUUUCGCCGUCCGAAUUUCUGUGGCCUUCUUGAUAAAUCUUUGUGUAUUAUGAUGGGUAAAUUGCAAUAGUCACAGGAAUUAUUAACAUAUUUCGGGGAUUGCUAUUCGUCGUUCUAAAAAUCCUUAUUUGUCGCCCUAACUAUAUUAAAUUUACUCCAAUGCUCUUAGUUUAUCUUUUGUUUUUCAAACCUUAAAAGUUAAAACAAAUAUACAUCCACUUGUCGCCGAAGCCGACAGCCUCACCGGAGGACCAAUUAUCGUCAUCAUCACCGGAAGUUUUGCUUAAUGUUUCACCAAUCAAUGGUGCACCAUCACCACCCAAUAAAAGAAAUGAAUAAAAUAUAAAAAUUACC